GGUGAAGGACUUUGGAACGCGCGCGCAGGGGGUUGUGGGUAAACGGUGCGAGCCGGGUGUUUCCGGUUGAACGGAGCGGAUAAAGGCGGAAAUAAACUCAGUGGUUUUCUGUUCUUUUAUUGUCUUUUGGGUUUUCUCUUCACCAUCGUUCGACUCACAGUGAAAACGUUUCAUGACUAUAAAUAAGCGGGGAAUGCUGUAGCGAUGACUCUGGCGCCGAAGGAGCUGAGCACGCUGCUGGGUCUGCUCUCGGAGGAGGCGUGCGCCGGCAGCUCGUUCGAGAGCCUCGCCAGCGCCUUCCAUCACUGCUUCGGUAAAGCCGAGCACUUCCGGGUGGGUUCGGUUCUGGUUCUGCUCCUGCAGCACGCCGACCUGCUCCCGGGUUCCGCGCAGCGCCUCGCCGCGCUCUACCUGCUAUGGGAGAUGUACCGAACCGAGCCGCUCGCCUCCAACCCGUUCUGCGCCGUGUUCGCGCACCUGCUGAGCCCCGGCAAGGACGAGCACGAGCACGAGAGACACCUCUCAGGUUUCCUUCCCCCGGUCACUCUGCCCGAAAAGUUUUUCCUGUCCCAGCUGAUGCUCGCUCCUCCCCGGGAACUCUUCAAGAAGACGCCGCGGCAGGUCUCCUGCGUGGACGCGAGCUCGGCGCCCCUGGCGGUCGACAUCAGCGGCCUGCAGCUCGCCCUCGCCGAGCGUCAGUCGGAGCUGCCCACCCAGAGCAAAGCCGGUUUUCCCGGUCUCCUCGGUGACCCGGACCCCGACUCCUCCCACUCGGGCUUCGACAGCUCCUUGGCCAACCGGAUCACGGAUUCGCUGGUCACGGGGCCGCGCCCGCCUCUGGAGAGUCGCUUCCGUCCCGAGCCGAUCCGGCCGGCUCCUCCGCUGUUCCGGGCGAGCGAGGCGGAGCUGGCGUGGCUGAGUCCGGCCGAGCCGGAGCACCGCGUGCGCUGGGACCGCUCCGCGUGCGUCCGCGCCGCCGCCGGCCUCGAGAUCAAACGCGUCGUGGCCGAGGCCUUCGAGAGCCCCCUGUCCGCGUCCCGACAGGCUCGGCUGCUCGCCGAGUUGGAGAAGGACCCGAAGCUGGUGUACCGCGUCGGCCUCGCUCCCGCCAAACUGCCCGAUCUGGUGGAAAACAACCCGCUGGUGGCCAUCGAGAUGUUGCUCAAACUCAUGUCCUCCAGCCAGAUCACGGAAUACUUCUCCGUCCUGGUCAACAUGGACAUGUCCUUGCACUCCAUGGAGGUGGUCAACAGGUUGACGACGGCAGUGGACCUUCCUCCCGAGUUCGUCCACCUGUACAUCUCCAACUGCAUCUCGACCUGCGAGCAAAUCAAGGACAAGUACAUGCAGAAUCGCUUGGUGCGCCUGGUGUGCGUUUUCCUUCAGUCGCUGAUCCGCAACAAGAUCAUCAACGUGCAGGACCUGUUCAUCGAGGUGCAAGCGUUCUGCAUCGAGUUCAGCCGCAUCCGCGAAGCCGCCGGUCUGUUCCGCCUCCUCAAGACGCUGGACAACGGAGAGACGCCGGCCGAGUGCAAACCCGCAAAGUAGUCAAAUCAAAGACUUUGAUUUGCGCUUCGUCUCGAUCUCGGACUGCCCGUGUUUGUUUUGACGGGACGCGAACGACGUUGACGAUAAAAUAAAUAUUUUGUUUUCGGA